CACAAAUUUAUCACUGUUUGCACACAUUUAUCACUGUUUGCAAACUCCUCUGUCCAAAUGGAUUACUUAACCAGACUGGCCCUUCUAAAGUGCGUAGGAUGCGCAGGCAUCCUGGCUUACGUAGCCGUCUUCCGUUAUCUUCUGCUGGAGCAACUAAGCUCCAACUAUUUUCCUGCAGCGCAGCUGGAGGCGGAUAACGAAAUGCUUCUGAAUGCGUUAGCUGACCGCCCCAAAAACAUGGAUUUCCUCGAAACGGUUGCUGUCAAUGAGCAAAACUUAUGCAGUUGGAGUAUGAGCCCUGUUCCGUGUAUUGAAGGGCCGAGACAGCCAGUCGAAGCCGUUCCAUUCACCAGUGCUCAAUGGCCCAAACUUCCUGCGUAUCUGUGGAGGGCGGCUAAGGCGCGCGAUCGGGAAACUUUGUUCUUAAAGUUUUUGGCCGCAGUCCAGUGGAAAGAGAGAAGGUUGAAGGAAAAGGCAGGAACAAAAGCAGUUGCUACCUCGGCGGCGUUCCCGGCUGGUGGCAUGCUAUGGUCCUUGACUCUUGAGCAGCCAGAUGAUGUCUUCGGCUACAUGGACUGUUUCGAUAAGAUUAUGCCCGAAAGCAGGGCCCUAUACGCCGGGCGUGACAAGCUUGGUGAUGUAUCCGAGGCCCUGCCGGUGGCGUGCCUUGUGGUUCGUGCGGAAAGGGCCGAGCAUCACUGGCACCCGCAGGACGUGGUAACGGCGUACGCUGACAUGACGUUCACGCCGGGCAUGGACGGCGGACGUGCUCUGAGCAACGUUGAUAACACGUACUCCACAUUCAUGCGUGGAUUACACUUUUCGUUUACCGCGGCAAGGCCGUACUUCAAAGUCGCACUCACCUGGAGGGACGUGCUGGGCCACUGGCCUCACACCGAUGAAGACUUCAGCGCGGCGCUAACCGGCGAAAGCCUGCUAAAUCUUGACAGCUUUACUUCAUUCCUAUUCGUCCACAAUGUCACGACGCAUUGGCAUGCGGACAGCAAACACGAGGAGGCAGAGCUUGGAAGGUCCCUGUCCUCCCAGCUGCUCUUGUACCGCGUGCUGGAGGGCCUGCAGGUGCAGCACCAGUGGUGCGGGGACUGCGACAGGCAGCUGGAGGGUCGGCCGCACUUCAAUGUGGAGGAGGAGGAGCCCAUACAGCCUGGAGUGUACCUGCCGGCCCCGGACGGCGGUGAGGGAGGUGAUGGUGACGCGGCGGAGUAUGAGAACCACUACCUGGAGGACAGCGAUGAACUGCUGUUAAAGCCGGGACCGCUGCGGCCGUACUACACCUGGCGUGGCCGCUUUAGGACUCGGAACCCUGCAGAGUUGCUGACGUUGGUGCUGAUUGCCAGCGGAAUGGAGUGCUGGAGAGACAUGAAAUUGAAGACGACCAUUCAAUGGCUUCAGGAUGUACUUGAUCACCUUACGAACGACGCGCAGCAACCGGGGGCGUUCUGCGCCAAGCGUGCGUUGCCGUACUUUGAGGGGUGCCGCGAUCGUGCUCACGCCCUUCGAAGAAUAAAUCUCACCGAGGAGGGCCUGCCCCUGGGUCUAAGGCCUUCACGCCUGCGGCUGCUUGCCCGACCUAGCGGAGUGGGGGGCCGCCUGUGGCGGACGUUGCAGGCCAUGAUGUGGCACUGUGGCGUGGUGCCAACACCAAGACCCUUUGGCGCAUGUGGCAGCGGCAGUGGUAACCGUAGCGGCAGGACCUGUGACUUCGACAGCUGCGGCCACCUGCAGAGCUGCUUUGGCGACUACCUGACGAGGCUGAUUGAGACUGGCGCGGGGUCGGAGGAUGUCAGCAAACCGACAGCUACCGGUAAUCCCAAGACGUGUCAAAGGGAGCCCGAUUGGUCUGAGCUCCUCAAAACGCUGCCUGACGGUUCCCUCCGUUAUACCGGCAGUGGCGGCGGCAGCAGCAGUGAGGACGGCUGCAGACUGGUGCCUUGGUCGGGCGGCGAUGAGCAGCGACGGAAGCACCUGGCACAGGAGAUGCGGACCCAACACCGAAUCAGCGCUGCAUGGAGGCGUUCAAUUGUCGCAGUGCUGCUGGUCGUGACACUGGGGCCCGCGCUGCUGGUGCUGAAGUGGCUCCUGUCGGCGGCCUUGGCCUAUCUCGUACCGAUGCCGGGCAAUACUAAUGAGCAGCCGCCGCCGCAGCAGCAGCAGCAGCGGAUAGGUCGGCAGCACAAACGCAACAAGAGUGAGAAAUCGAGGGAUGAAAGGAAUCAAGAAAGGACAGAAAGUGAGGAGCAGGUGGAAGACAGUAUCGGUAUUGGAGAGUAUUUGUACCACCUGUGCGCCUUCACGGUGUUGUUCUUUGCUGAGGUGCUGGCCGCAUGCUGCCGUGCGGGGUCUGCUGGCGUGACGCGCAUUGGGGGCUUCCUUACCGGGGAAGGUACUGCUGCUGCUGCUGGUAUUAUAGAGGACAGCGGUUCAGGGACUGCUACGUGCAGUGCCGCCUUGCCGGCUGAGCCGGCAGCAGCGGGCUCGAGUGAGCAUGCAGGUGUUGGGCCAUCGUCACGAAGCAAACCCACAGCAAAAGGAGGCAAAGGUGCGACGACAACAAACAACAGCGGCAGUGGCUCAGCUACUCCACGUACCAGCGGUAAAGACAGCAAGAGGGGCAGUAAGGGCGCUCCCAAGGGGGCUGCUUCGCGCGCAAGUGGGCCAACAGGGAAUGCAAACCCUGAAGCAGCAUCAGCAGGGGCAGUAUCGACUGCUGCAGCAGCAGCGGCCGUGGUAGCAGGUUGUUCCAAUGCCGACACGCACCCGGUUGGUGGAGCAGCGCCAUCGUCCCUGCGCCGCAGACUUGCACUUUCCCGUGCAGCUGGGGAGAGAGGUUCUAUUGCAAUCAACGCAACUGCAUCACCGACACCCUUGUCACCACCAGCACCAGCAGGAAGACUCCCGACAGCUAAUGGCGCUGCUGCUGCUGCUGCUAAUGCUGCACGGACACCUACCUCGCCUCCCCUACCGACCUCGGCUACCGCCAUUGGUCCAGGUACCGCCGCUGCCGCGAGCGGUUUUAACCUGCAUGGAGGCGGCAGCCAGCAGAGGUUGCCUAACAACGUUGGUUGCGCAUCGCCAACGCUACCAACACCACUGCCCGGUCCAACCGGCCCCCCUGCAAUGCAAGCCGUAAUGGCAACUUGCAACAUUGCCUUCGCUGGAGGCAAUUCAAGCGGCGCCGCGCCCAGCCCUGCUGUCGUUCCCUCCUUCUCCUCCUCGCCACGGGUCGGUGAUACCGACGACCGCAGCUGCUUGGUGUGCCUGGAUGCGGCUCGUGAGUUUGGUUUCCUUCACGGCGGCAUGGUGCACACGGGCGUGUGCGGGGAGUGUGCGGAGCUGCUGAGGAGCCGCGGACCCGACCUGGAGUGCAUCGUGUGCAGGCAGCAGGUGGAGAGCAUGGUGGGGGUGUACGGAAUAUAGGGUAAAAAUGGGGAAGGGAAACUGGCGAGGCGACUGACGAGCGGUGGGGGCGGUGGUAGGUCCUGAAUGAGCUCUUGUCCUGCGUUUGCAAGGAUGACUGGAGGUGAAGGGAGUGGAUAGCUACUGUUUUCUGCCGUGCAUGAGGGUUCACUAUUGUAAGGUGACCGUUGUAAGUGGUUACAAAGGGGCCUCUGAGGCAACGGUCUGCCCCAACCGCCCAAAAAGCUUUUGGCAUGUAGCCCGUUGGAAUGGACAGGGGCACUUCCCUGUUUACCUUCGUAAUGGCUCCUAAUGAGCCCUCGACUACGGUAACUACAUUGUCUCGCCGGCCUAGAACAACUGUAGCAGGAUGACC